UGCUUUACGGCUCAAGGCUGCUUUUUACGUCAUUUUCCGGCUUCCCAUUCACUUCGCAGUGAAGAUGGCGUCGGGCAGCGGGACAAAAAAUUUGGACUUUCGCCGAAAGUGGGACAAAGAUGAAUAUGAGAAGCUCGCCGAGAAAAGGCUCACGGAAGAGAGAGAAAAGAAGGAUGGAAAACCAGUGCAACCAGUCAAAAGGGAGCUUCUCCGGCAUAGAGACUACAAGGUGGACCUGGAAUCUAAGCUUGGGAAGACAAUUGUCAUUACUAAGACCACACCACAAUCGGAGAUGGGAGGGUAUUACUGCAAUGUCUGUGACUGUGUUGUGAAGGACUCCAUCAACUUUCUGGAUCACAUUAAUGGAAAGAAACAUCAGCGAAAUCUGGGCAUGUCUAUGCGUGUGGAACGUUCAACCUUGGAUCAGGUGAAGAAACGUUUUGAAGUCAACAAGAAGAAGAUGGAAGAGAAACAGAAGGAUUAUGAUUUUGAGGAAAGGAUGAAGGAGCUCAGAGAAGAAGAGGAAAAGGCCAAAGCAUACAAGAAAGAGAAACAGAAGGAGAAGAAAAGGAGGGCUGAGGAGGACUUGACAUUUGAGGAGGAUGAUGAGAUGGCAGCUGUGAUGGGCUUCUCUGGCUUUGGUUCCACCAAGAAGAGUUACUGAGGCUUUCUCUGCUUGGCCCUUUGCUAACUUUGUGUGUGUGUGGGGGGUGUCAUUUUUUCCGGGGUUCUUGGGAAAUCCUUAAGAGCGGCAAUGGGGGGGGGGUUUAAGGUGGGUGUUUGUGGUUUCCCUCUACUGUGGGAGAGAGCACAGGAUGCAGAGGUAAUGCUGUGGCAUGUUACUUCAGCCUCAGUAUGUCACUGGAGUCACAGGACCCCUGCCUGAGUUCCCAAUAAAAACCUCUUCUGAGGCUGCUUUCCCAAAACUCCCCCUGCAUCUCUCCCUCUUCAUCUGUCCAACCUCUUAUCUGGGCAUACUACGUUUAUCCUGUGUUCUCCCUUUUUUUAAUUUUGACUCUUGCUUAGACUGCGCAGAAGGGUUCUCUGGGUCCCCAGUUUCCAGUUGAUAGCAUAUUUUUGACCAGCCCUCUUUCCCCCACAACCCUUCCUGUGGUUCUCUGCCACCUGUGCAUGCAUGUGUAUUUCUGCCUGGGUCUGGUAUGUGCGGGCGUGUGUGCAUGAAUUUGUCACAUAGGGGGAGCCUGAGCUAGAACCUCAGAGCUUUGCUGCCUUGGAGCCUGAUGUUCUUGGCUCCCUCAGUGCAUGUAACAGGAAAUUAAAUGGGAUGAGUGUUUGGUGUGGUUUUUGUCUGGUGAGUUUUUUAACCUUUGUUCUUCAUAUGUAGACUGUUCAGCUUUUCCUGUUUGUUUCAUUUUAUUGAGGAUUACUCUUUUUUUUCUUCCUUGUGAGCAGGCUCUUGGAAGAACCUGUUUGAUGCAAAAAAGAAAAAGGAAAAAAAAACUUCAUAUGGGAGCCCUUGGGUCUCAGAGGCUGUUCAACAUGUAUAAUAAAUGGCAUUGACUGGGCCUAUUCACA